UCAUGCGUCAACAUAACCGGUAACAACAAGCGCGUGAAAAAUGGCACAUAACCCAAAGCAGUCAGUAAAAUUGCAAAGAAGACAGCAAGAGGACAGAGAGCAAAAAGGAAGAAAAGGUCUCAAGAUGAAUCAGUGGACAGAGGAUAGAAUGAAAGGAGCAAUUGAAGCAUAUAAAGAGCAGGUCGAGUCAGGGAGGAAGCCUGUGCUACGCUUACUUGCAAGGACAUGGAACGUGCCGAAGACGACCCUUCAGAGGCGAGUGAAAGGGCUUGUUGAGGGAUCUGGGCAUGCAUCUGGAAGAAAGCCAUUCAUCCCUAUUGAAGCUGAAAAGGAGUUAGCCAUCCUUCUCACCUCACUCUUACAGAAAGGCUUCCCAUUGAAGAAGACUGAUGUUCAGUCUUUUGCUUUCGAGUUUGCCAAGAGAAAUGGCAUCCGAGGGUUUUCUGAAGAAAAGCAAAAGGCAGGCUAUUACUGGUUCGAGGGCUUUAUGAAGAGAAACCCAGGUCUGAAAAUAAAGAAACCAGAUGCUUUAUCCCCAACUUGUACAUUAAAGAUCAAUGAGGAGGAGCUGGGACCAUGGUUUAGAACUUAUGAAACCUCCCUCGAUGCUUUGGGAAUUAAAGAUGUCCCGUCACACAUUUGGAAGUGUGACAUAUCAGGUCUUCAAGGCUUCUCUUCUGACCAAUUUAUUGGGGAAGCAGGAGAGCCCUGCUUUGAGACCACAGCUGAAGAGGAGGAAGAAACUUCCAGCACUGUACUGGCAGCAUUCAAUGCCAUUGGUACAUAUGCUCCUCCACUUAUCAUUUUUAAAGGAAACAAUGUGAGAAGUGAGUGGUUGAAUGGUUGCCCGGAAAAUGUGUGCGUGAGAGCAUCUGAUAAUGGCUGGAUAACAUCAGAGAUGCUCGUUGAGUGGGGGGAAAUGUUUAUUGCACAGCUCCCAAAGGAAGAUGCCAGGCCUCACCUACUGCUGCUUGAUGGUCAAAGUAGCCAUGUCUUCAACCUCAACUUCCUCAGUCUCAUGAAGGAAAACAGUGUGGAAGUUAUAUGCUAUCCUGUAUUGAAGCCAGCAAACAGAGCUCUCUUUGGGAGUCUAAAGUACAAUUGGUGUGAGGUACGUCGAAAAUGGAAUCAGCAAUGUGCAGGGAUGAAGUUGCCCAAAGCUCAUUAUCAUUCUGUUUUCAUGGAGGCAUGGAAGAAGACUGCCACUGUGGAAAAUGCCCAAGAUGGGUUUAGUGCAACGGGAAUGUUCCCAAUAAAUCCAUUUGCUGUCUCCAGUGAAGUGUUUACACCAAGUGCCAUGAUUGAACAUGAACUUCCUCCUGCCACAUAUAGCAUCCUUUCCCAUUUGCAAAGUAACACAACACCCACUGAAGACAAGGCACAUUCCAGCACUGAGAACAGCUCCGUUAUUGGAGAGGCAUCCUUCAAAGACUUUGUUGUCAUGCCAAAAAGAGACAGGAACAGAAGACAUUCAAGCAUAGAAAACUUUCUUUGUGAUGAAAAUUCAAAACAAAAGAAUAAAACAAUUCUGAAUAAAAGGACAACAUGCUCCUACAAAUGCAGGGGCUGCUUUAGUAAAUAUGGCUCUGAUGAUGAUCCAAAAGCUUCUGAAGUGUGGAUCAGAUGCAGCAAUUGUAAGGCCUGCUAUCACGAGUCUUGUGCAGAGCAGGAUGGGAUAUAUGAAUGGGUUUAUGAUUUGGAUGACAAUAAUCAAGAUUGCACUUGACGAUGAUUGAACAUGGUUUAAGCCAACAUUUGAUUUAAACUAAGCAAUUGAGUUCCCUGUGAAAAAUAUGCUACAGUGAUUACUGCACAUAUACAAAAGACUAUUAUCCUCUUCCAACCAACCAACACAUCCCAUUUAUUUCCUGUACAAUAUUCUCAUUUUAAACACUUACAUACUAGAAUGUAAGAAUACAGAAUUUGUGAAUUGAGUUUGUGUAUUUCUGUUUCUGUUCUAUUAAAGGGAUAGUUCACCCAAAAAUGACAAUUAUAUCAUUAUUUACUCACCCUCAUGCCAUCCCAGAUGUGUAUGACUGUUCCUGUGCCUGUCAGUUCUGGUGCUCAGAGCUCUGAAGCGUCGGCCAGAUGGCAACAUUUCAGAAAGGUAGUGAGCAGGGUGAGUGGGGUCCAGAGUGAUUUUUCCUUUUUCCUCACUCUGGAAGUGUAUAGUUCUUGAAGGGAGGGCAGGGGUCGACCAAUAAUCCUCUCAGCAGUCCGAACUGUCCUUUGUAGUCUUCUGAUAUCUGAUUUCGUAACUGAACCAAACCAGACAGUUAUUGAAGUGCAGAGGACAGACUCAAUGACUGCUGAGUAGAACUGUAUCAGCAGCACCUGUGGCAGGUUGAACUUCCUAAACUGGUGAAGGAAGCACAACCUCUGCUGGGCCUUUUUCACAAUGGAGUCAAUGUGGGUCUCUCACUUCGGGUCCUGUGAGAUGGUAGUGCCCAGGAACCUGAAUUACUCCACUGCUGCCACGGUGCGUUUUAGAUUGGUGAGGGGGGUCAAUGUUGGGGUGUUCCUCCUAAAGUCCACAAUCAUCUCCACUGUUUUGAGUGUGUUCAGCUCAAGGCUGUUUUGACAAUUUAAGUGGUAUUUAAGAUAGGUGUG